AGAAAAGUCAUCUGAAAGUGUGAUGAUCUUUACCAUUUAUAAAAGUUGAAGCUCAAGUGAAGAGAUGCAAAAACAAGCAUUAGAGGUUCCUGAUGUUGAGAUCCAUGUUAGCCGAGUGCAAGUGGCUGGUCUGAUAAGAACCAAGAAUGACAUAGUUGUUGAGCAUAUCAAGGAUGUCUUGCAGGCCUCCUCUCUCAAGGAGCUCUUCGUCAAGGCCCUCACCUCGAUGGAGCAACUGCAGGACAUGAAGGUGUUCAAGAACGUCUCACUCAAGAUAGACACGGACAAGAGGGCUGGGCUGGAGAGGGAGGGUGUGGAGGUGACCUUCCUCGUGCAGGAGUUGGGAUGGCUCAAGGCCAUGCUAGGCGCACACGCAGGCACUCAGUCUGGAGACGCUAGUCUGUCCCUUGCUCUGCGCAACAUCUUUGGUCGUGCUGAGCAGUUGGAGGUGACCUCUGGGACCUCCUUCCCACUCUGGGGGCACAAUGUCCAACUGCAGUUCACAAAACCCUACUACAAAAACUUUGACAAAAAACUAUUGUUAUCGCUGGGUACCACGGAUACCAAGCUGCCGAUGUGUGGGUAUGAUGAGUUACUGCGUAGUGGAAGUGUUGAGCUACAGACCCCCUCCUGGCUAGGCUCUCACAAACUCUCCUGGGAGGUCGACUGGAGAGAGAUCACAGGGUUCAGUUACAACGCCCCCCUCUCUGUGAGGGCCAAUGCUGGACACUCACUCAAGUCUUCUCUGAAGCACACCUUGGUGACGGACGAACGAGAUGACCCCCUCCUCCCCCACUCUGGCUAUCAAGUCAAGAUGACUCACGAGAUGGCUGGCCUGGGAGGGGACACUGUCUAUGGCAAGGCAGAGGUUCAGUCUGAGCUCUACCAAGAGCUGUGGAGGGACUGGGUGUUGUCACUGCGUGUGUGGGGUGGGCUCAUGAGGCCGUUCACUCAGAGCAAGAUCAACGAUCGCUUCCUACUGGGUGGAGCCACAUCACUGCGAGGAUUCGGCUUGUGGGGGGCCGGGCCUCGAGAUCAAGGUUACAGUUUGGGUGGAGAGGCGUACUGGGCUACUGGACUCCACCUCUUCUCCCCCCUUCCAUUCACACGGAACCAGUUCCUACAGAGGAUCAGAGUCCAUACCUUCGCCACUGCCGGUAACCUCAUCCAAUGCAGGACUGUCCCUAGCCCUCGAGAUCUGGCCUCAGGCACUCGAGUGUCGUGUGGGGUGGGGCUGCACUUCAGGCUGGGACUGGCUCAAAUUGAACUUAACUAUGCUAUUCCAAUCAGAGCACAGGCCACUGACCAGAUACAGCCAGGACUGCAGUUUGGUAUAGGCUUAGAUAUGUUGUAAACAAGUAGCAUUUUUGUCUUUAAUUUAUCGCUAUAUAUAAUAAACUCAUUGUGACUCAAUUCUCCGUAUAAUUCUCAUUGCCAAUUAAUCAACAAUUAAAAAAUUUAAAGU